CCGCAGUGACGUCUGUGGUGUUUACACUGAAGUUUGAAGAGUUUUUUUGGGAAUUAAUGAAUCUACUUUACUCAGUUUGUUACUCAUAUUGAAGACAGGAAGCCAUUUUUUUUUUUGCACUUCCUCUACUCGACACUUCAGUAUAUCGUUUUCACAUGAAGGGAGGAGCAACGAACAGAACACAGUGUAGAAGUCGAGUGGUGAUCAGAGACGUCUCAGGUGGGGAGAAGAAUGGUUCUGUCUAAACUCAGUUCAAAACUGGCUUCAUUCAUCAGGCCUAAAGCCAUUGAAUUUCUGAGGAAGCACAGAAGAGAUGUGGGAAUCUCCAGCUUCUGUCUUGGUUUCAUUGAGAAACUGUUGGACAGUGAUUUUGGUUGUCCUUGUCAAUCUCCCUAUAAUGAAUCGCUGUGUGCUUUUUAUGCCAUUGUGCCUUUCUUUGUGUGCUUCAUUUACACUUUGUGUGACUUCGAAGAGUCCUCAGUAACAGAAGGAGGAGGGAAGGAAGACAAGUCCAAAAGAAAUGUGUCCAGCUCAACUGACACAUCCAUAAUGCCGGAGGCCAGAAGAAUGGAUGAUGUUCCUGAAAGUCAGGAUCUCCCCUCAGGUGACAGAGCCGCAGAGCAAGAGAACCGAGGCACGGAGAACGUCCAUGAAAAUACAACAUGCUCCAAUAAGGAAGAAGAAAAGAGCUGCUGCACAAAAGAAAAAUGUCUCUACUCUCUGCUCAUAAGCUUCAUCUGGCUCUUCUUCUUCUUUAUCGAUGGUCAUUACGUGGCCUGUGCAUGUUCACACUGGGGUGGUGAAUACACUGUGACUGGAGCUUUAAAGUGGUGCAAGCCCAAAGGAAACGAGACGGAGGUGUUUGGACGUCUCCAGGAGACUCAGUGGUAUGUCUUCAUAUCUCAGAUGGUGGGUUUUGCAAUCUUGCUGCUGAUCGGUCUAAUGAUGAUGUGUUGCUGUCUUAAACUUUGUUGUAAAGGAGGCUCUGUUUGCUGCUGUGCUCAGAACAAACAGAAAGCAAGCGAAGAGCAGGAGGUAACACACAUUUACUCACACACACUUACUGAUACUGUGUUCAGUGUUCUUCCUCCAGUAAACUCUAUCUCUCGCAGGUUCCACAGAGUGGUCUGAUGAUGGGGACUCGGCACAGUCAAUGGAUGGCUUUGAGUUAAUCCCAUGACUGAAGAACAGAGACCUCUGCUCAGCGCUGGAGACAUUUAGAUACAAGAAAAAGAAAAGAAAGAUAAAAUGAUGUAGUGAAUCUAAUGUGUGUUUGUGCUAGAGUCAGUUUUCACAGUAAACCCUGUGAGAUUCAUAUAAACAUUGUGUUGUUUGUAGUGUUUUUGGUGUUUGUGUUGUGUGUGUUGUUUGUGUUGUGUUUGUGGUGUGUGUGUUGGUUGUGUUGUUUGUGUUGUUUGUGGUGUGUGUGUUGUUUGUGAUGUGUGUUGUUUGUGUUGUGUUUGUGUUGUUUGUGGUGUGUGAGUUGUUUGUGUUGUUUGUGUUGUUCGUGUUGUGAGAUAAACCUUCUGUAAUCUCUUUCUUUACUAAUCUUUACCAAUAAAUGUACUAGAAGUGA